CCUUUCGACCAAUCAGAGUCGAGCAAACUGGAUCGAUGUCAAACGAUGCAGCGGCCAUUGAAAACGAAGUGUCAGAUUUUCUUGUUGUCAUCUGUGUCGUCUGCGCGAUCGAUAAUAUAAAUUGGUUUUCGGGGUUUGAGGAGGUCGUGUGACUAUUGAGCCAUUGAUGUGGUGUUUAAUUUAGUGUUCUAAUUUGUGUAAAGUUCUUACGUAAGUGUAAAAAUGGAUACAGCGGGCGCGUAUGGCGGAGGAAAGGCUGGCGGGGCGUUCGACCCUCAGGCUUUUAUCCAAAGGCCUCCUGUGAUCGUGAGGGCGGUUUGCUGGCUGUUCAGCGUGAUCGUGAUGGGCUGCAUAUCGGCCAAGGGCUGGUACGUGGACAAGGAAGACCACAAGGAGUACUGCGUGUACAACAAAGACACCAAUGCGUGCAACUAUGGCGUCGGCAUCUCUGUGAUCGCGUUCAUAGCAUCCGUCGGCUUCAUCGUGGGCGAAUACCUCUUCGAGCAGAUGUCCUCCGUGAAGACGAGGAAGCAUUAUGUGCUGGCUGAUCUGGGCUUCUCUGCGUUCUGGGCGUUCCUUUACUUCGUGGGCUUCUGCUACCUGUCCAACGCCUGGGGCAAGACCGACAACCCCCCCUACGGAACCGCCAACAACAUGCAGGGUGCCAUCGCCUUCUGUUUCUUCUCGAUCUUUGCUUGGGUGGGCUGCGCUUUCUUCGCGCUGCAGCGGUUCCGCAUGGGUGCUGAAGCGGCGUUCGCGCCCGCCUACGAGGUUGAGGGAGCUGUGGGCAGCCCCGGCGCCUUCCCUGCCUACCCCGGCGCGCCCGACCCACAGCCUGCCUACAGCGACCCGCCCUUCUCGCAGACGCAGCCAGGCAACAUUGACUACACGGCCCCCACCUACUAAGCCGGCGGGAUUCGCGCACAAUAUUUCCCUUUGCGUUUGCGCACCGAGUAAGUAAUAAUUAAUACAGCGCCCUCUACAACAACAGGCAGUCAAAAUCGUGGCAGUUACAAAUCAACAAUAGGUUUUCUCGCAGUAUUGUAUACUGUUAGAUAACGCUUAAUGAAAAACUUCUGAUCAAAAGUUGUGACAACCAAAAUAGGCAAAACUUGGAUUUCGAUUAUAACUUUUCAGCUGUAAUAAUGGACAUCAAAAUGAUAUACGUUUCUUUAAGUAUGUAUGAACCAUAACGUUAUCCAUGUGUUUUUCAACUCGCCUUUCAUAGACUAACUAGACUUUUUGACCUGUCAAACAUGUGUAGAAGUUGCAAGUUUAGGAGUGGGGUCAAAAAUGUGUAUUACUUUGAUGUUAUUAUUAGGAAAACAACUAUAGAAGAAUGUUUAAGAAAUACCGAAUUCAAAUGUCAUUGCACUUCAUAUAAAGUCAUCUUAAAUGCACAAUUGCUUUACUUGUUGUAAGAAAUAAUCGGCUACACACUUCCAUGUACUUAAUUAUUACUUAACUUAUAAUCAUCAUCGCGUUUUUAAUUAUUUCUUGUAAUUAUUUGUUAUAAUUAAUUUGACAGCACCUUCAAAGAUGUAUAUGAGUCAUAGAUGUGUGUUGUUUGUCUCGAAUAGUAUAAUCUCUAUUUAAUAUUUAUUUUCGUUAGUGGGAUAACUCGAAAAAGUAAGAAUUGCAUUUACGAGCAUUUUUUUCUUUAGAAAAUUCCCCCACACUGGGAGCAUUCGAGUGUAAUGUGACGAUGCGAUGAGAGAUUCGAAAUUCAAGCGUAAUGCUUUAUAGUUAAUAUUAAAAUACAUUACACGAGACUGUCCCCAUUGUGUGAGCACCUUUACAUAGGGACGGGAUAAGAAGUGGUUUUGAAAAAAUUAAAUGCUCGUUUAAGUAUACAUAAAUAAAACAUAACCGUGUAUCGCUUCACAGUACCUGCUUGUAGGUAUGUAUAUUUGACAAUAUUACCCGAAUAUCUAUUGUAAAAACGUAUAUUAUGUAAAUAGAAAAGGAUAUUUAAAAUAUACACACUCCCCGCUCGUGAUUCUAAAUGUGAUAUUUGUUUUUGUUUUAUUUUAAUGUGAGCUUUCUCUUAUUAAACCAUCGAUUGUAUCUGUCGUGCCAUUUCAACGCUUUAAUAAAUCGUUGUCGUCGUUAAAAGUAUCAAAGAAAUACCGUAACCAUGUAUGACACGUUAAUGUAUAUUAUCUUACAAAUAAAUAUAUAAAUCUAUAUAUCACAAGCUACCUAAUGUGAUGACUAAAAUUUUAAUUUAACUGGCUGGUUGGCUGAA